AAGGUGCAAGGAUUAAAGCAUAAGUGUAAUGCACCUUUUAUUUAUUUAACCCAAAGCAGGUCACUCCACAUGCCACAUGUCGCCAAUUGAUUUCUUCAACUUCAACAACGGAUUAUACUAACACUGUAGGUCCUUUUUGGUUUACAAAAGACUGGUCAUUAAUUAUCGCCAUUGUCAUUAUUGUCACCAUUGUCACUAUUGUCACCAUUGUCACCAUUGUCGCCACUGUCGCCAUUCAAUAAAUUAUAUACCAACCCAAAAUGGCUGCCGGCGAUCUCAUUGAUUUCGACAUCAUUGAGGGGCAGAAGGAGAAUAUUCAGUCCUUACCCGGUGGACGAUCAGCAAAGAAACUUGCUGAAGUUUUCUCUCCUUCCCCUCUGCACAAACUUUCCACACCUACACCUACAGAUACAAAAAACAUCAACGACUGCAUUCGAGCCGAAUACGAGGAAGAAGUAGCAAACCUUUCCGAGUCGGAUGACCCACUCGAUAUCUUUGAUCGAUACGUUCGAUGGACAUUUGACGCAUAUCCGUCUGCGCAAGCUACACCAGCAUCACAACUACACACUCUUCUCGAGCGCGCCACCAAAACUUUUAUUGGUUCUGCGCAGUACAAGAAUGAUCCUCGAUACCUGAAAUUGUGGCUUCACUACAUCAGAUUCUUCUCCGACUCCCCUCGAGAGACAUAUGUCUUUUUGUCGCGUCACAACAUCGGCGAAGGACUUGCUCUAUUCUACGAGGAAUACUCUGCUUGGCUAGAAAGCGUGGGCCGCUGGGCGCAAGCCGAAGAAGUAUAUAAACUGGGCAUCGAGCGCGAAGCGAGACCGGUGCAGAGAUUGGUCCGUAAAUUUGGAGAGUUUGAGCAAAGGCGCGCGCAACAGCCCGACGCGGAUAACGCCCCGGAUUCACCAGCGCUACCUUUGAUGCGGCCAGCGCUCGCUGCUAAGAUUGAUCCUUUUGGUGCUGCGGCGCGACCAGCUGAUCCCCAAGCUCCUAGGCCAACCAGCGGUCUCGGCGGGCCGUCCUCAAAGCCCGGAAAGGCCAAGCUUGCUGUGUUUUCGGAUGCCGGCUCUGAACCGAGCGCAAUGUCAAAAAUGGGCGAGGGUUCAAAGGGAUGGGAUUCAAUAGGGUCAUUGGCGGAUCGGAAGAAGGAGAACGUGGUGGAAGCAAAGCCUUGGGUGGGAGAAACAUUGACGACGCAUGUGAAGAAGAGCAGCGGUCUAAAAAUGGCCGUGUUCCGGGAUCCUUCUUUGUCCAGAAUAGCAGAGUCUCAUAUUGUCAUUGCACCAUCAAAGCACCAAGUGAUUGUGAAUCAAAACGGUAAAAGGGAACGUGUCUUUGUUAACCUAGAGGCCAUUUACCCAACUCCCGAGGAGCCAGGAACCGAACUCAGUUUCGAAGAGCUUUGGGCUGCUAAUCGAGGUUGGCUUGAUGUGUGCUGGCAAGAUGACAUCCUCGACGAAGAACAGCCAGGACCGGCCAGUGGACGACCAUCAGACGUAGACUUCCUCGGUCAAAAAAUGGCAAGCAAAUUGGUGGUACACCACGAUGCGGCAAUGCUGGACGAAAAUGGUGCGGUCAAGGAUCAGCCCAGAUCUAGCAAAAGCAAAAAGAAGAAGGUGAUGGAGGUUAACGAGACCCAAAUUAUCAAAGCAAAAUUAGAUUCACCGUCUGGCAAAAAGCUCAAGAAGAAAACCGCUUCUGCAAACUCCGAGCCUACUAUGACGAUGCAUACCAGAGCAGCAACAGACGAGAUCUACGACAUCUUCAACGCCCCUCUCAAACCCGCAGAUGCAGAAGAGACUGAGGAGAGUGAUGAAGAAGGAUAUAUGACAGAUGGCGACUAUACUAGUGGUGGAGAGAGUGUUAACACUACUAGAAGAAUCUCUACAAGUGAAGCUGGCGACGAUGAGACUUCCGAUGCAAAGAGUGUGAGUGAAUGGUCAGACUUCACGGCACAGAAGCAUAUUCCCAAAGUUGACGGUGAAACCGACAACGAGGAAGAAGAUGAUGAACGGAGCGAAUCUGAUGAUCCUGAGGAUGAAGAUGAUGAGGACGAACUUCCGAGGACUAGAUUUAUCCCCAUACCACCCGAGGAUUAUGAAGCACCUACACGACCGUAUAGGGAUCCGGCCGAGGUAGCUAACAACCGCCUCCCGUUUAUGACACCUAUUACGGAACGUACAGAAUCCUCUCUUGGGGUUAUUACUGGAACUAGACCUCAAUAUGCCACUACGAAGACGACUAGCGGGGAGGACGAUCUAGAAAUCGAGGAGGAUGAGGAUGACGAGGAAUUUGAGCCGUUGAGUAGUCCUUUGCGGGAGGUUCUUAGUGCGAAUCGGUCUCCGCCCAAGAUUGCACAGCCGCUGCUCAAGGCAGUUGCAAAGACAGUCAUUCCUCCGAGCCAGGUGAAGGUCAAGGAGAUACCAAAGGGUCCGAUUAUCAAAGAACCGCAAGUUAACCCUGUCGACGCAAUUGUCCGAGAAGAGAUUCUCUCUCGUAUGCACCCACCUCUUAGCUCAUACUCCGGCUUCUAUGACCACCGUAGCGAGCGAUUUGACAAAGGCAGCGAAAUCCGAAAGUUCGUCAAGUCUGUGGCCAAAGCAUCAGGAAAGAAAGACGGGGAAAAGACUGGUACGAUUCAGAGUCCGGUUGUGCUCGACUUCCCCGAACUCGUAGGCGAGUACACCGUGAAGCGAGAACUAGGUGCAGGCGCAUUUGCACCGGUGUACUUGAUUGAGAACUCAUCCCCCGACCCCGAUGAGAACGACGAGAACGCCCCAGCUGCCAUGGGAAAGGGCGCCUUUGCCACCACCCACCGUGCUAGUCUGGAGGCCCUGAAGAUGGAGCAGCCGCCUACGGCAUGGGAAUUCCAUAUGAUGCGCCUCGCGGCUACACGGCUAGGUCCGCAGCACCGCGCGACCGCGUCCAUCUCGGCAGCGCAUGAGCUACACUUAUAUCAAGACGAGUGCUUCCUAAUCCUGCCUCUCCACCAGCACGGCUCGCUUCUCGACGUCGUCAACUUCUUUAGCGAGACGUCCAAGAACCCCAUGGACGAACCGCUGGCCAUGUUCUUCGCCAUCGAACUGCUACGCACUGUCGAGGCUUUGCAUAGCAAGCAAAUCCUGCACGGCGACCUCAAGGCCGACAACUGCCUCCUACGCCUCGACGAUAACUCAUCUACCCCCACAGCCCUCUCGAGCCAAUGGAACGCCGACGGCUCUGGCGGCUGGUCCGACCGCGGCAUCGUGCUGAUCGACUUCGGGCGCGCGAUCGACAUGCGGGCCUUCGACGCGGACGUGCAAUUCGUGGCGGACUGGAAGACGGACCAGCACGACUGCGCCGAGGUGCGCGAGGGCCGCCCCUGGACCUGGCAGCUCGACUACCACGGGCUCGCCGGCACCGUCCACACGCUGCUCUUCGGCAAGUACAUGGAGACCGUCCGCGUCGACCAGGGCGGCCUCGGCACCUCCGCCUCCCGCCGCUACAAGGCCCGCGAGCCGCUGAAGCGAUACUGGCAGACCGAUAUCUGGGCUGAGUGCUUCGAUGUUUUGCUGAAUCCGGCUAGCCAUGUUGAUGGCGAGGAGGGCAGACGCAUGCCAGUUACGAGGAGCUUGAGGCGCGUGAGGGAGAGGAUGGAGAGGUGGCUGGAGGGGAAUUGUGAGAAGGGGGUGGGGCUGAGGAAUUUGGUCGCGAGGGUGGAGGGGAUGGCCAGGAGUCGGAGGCAUUGAUUAAGACACCCCCCCCCCCCCCCCUCCCCCUUCGCCGCCGAUAGAAGGCGCUAUAUGAAAAUGAAAGAAGGAAGGAAAGGAAAGGAGAAAUAUAUGAUGACGACGACGAUGACGGCGGCGAUACCCGCAUUUGCAUAAGCAGGUUACACCUAGGCGUUGGAAUGUGAUUUUUCUUUUUUUUCCUCUUCCUCCCUUUCCAAACCCCUCCUCCCUCCCCAUCUUAACCUCGGGCCUGAUGGAAAAGGGGGCGUUCCUAGGUUUCUGGUUCGGAAGUAUAGAUUUUUCUCGGGAUAGGAUAGGAUGAGAUGAGAUGAGAUAGAAUGAAUGGAGUGGGAGUGGGAGUGGGCAUGGAUGGUAACGAUAAUGCCAUCCGUUAAAUAAAAGGGGGAGGUUUGCCCUACUCAUUGGUUUUUUUUUUUAUAUCUCCUUAACAUACCCCGAUUACGAAGCAGUCUCCUAAAUCGAUCGAUCAAUCAUAGA